CUUCAGCCGCCGUAGGCCUUGAGUCAGAAGUGCCGGUCAAAAUGGAAGUGAAUCCCCCCAAACAGGAGCACCUGCUGGCGCUAAAAGGUCCUGUUUCCCUCUGAUUGGGCAAGAAAGUCUUGUAAUAAUAAAUUACAUUCUAGUUCUGAGGAGUUCAGCUAAGAAAUUUUCUCUUCAUUAAGAGUAACUGGAUUACUGCAGAAUGACUACAGAAAUAAUAUUACAUUAUCGACCAUAUGAGAGUGAUCCCACACAGCUGCCAAAAAUUGCAGAAAAAGCAAUUCAAGACUUUCCUACUCGUCCACUAUCAAGAUUUAUUCCUUGGUUCCCAUAUGAUGGGUCCAAAUUUCCAGUCAAACCUAAAAGAUCACCACCUGUGAUUUCUGGAGAGGCCAUUGAAGAUGUGAAACAAUCCUUAACCAGUUCAGAACAAGACGUUAAAUCACAGAGUUACGAUUGCACAGUAGAUCUAUUGGAAUUUCAACCUAGAUUGAAAAAGCAGCACUUAAUGCAGUCAUACACACUGGAUGGGCAGACUGAUUCUGGAAAUCUGGAUAAACAAUCAGAAGAACGGCACAAGAGGCGAUCUUGGAGUGUUUCACUUCCCAACAGUAAUUGCACUGGAAAGAUUUUGCCUUUGUCUAAAAAAUUGCAAGAUAGUUUAAAGGCAUUAAAUUUGCAUUCACUUUAUAGAGCAAGAUGGACAAUAGAACAUACCAUUUGUGACCAUCAAACUCUGGAAGACAUCUGGGCAAAACUCAAUCAAAUUAUUAGGCACAAUGAACUUCCAUCUUGUAAUGCUACAAUUCAGAGACAUUUAGGCCAAAUAUGGGUGUUCUGUGAUAUUAUGUACUGUGAAUAUGUGGGAAAUCUUAUUAAAAGGAGAUUAGCUCUUACUGGAAAAAUUAAUUUAUUUGUACAUAAAUAUGGUGUUAUUUUUAGUAUGUAGUGAAUUGCGCUGCUUGACCAAAAGAGGAAUGUUCUGAGUGAACUGAAUAUGGAGUAAAAUAGUUAACUGAAUAAAUUUUUUCUGAUUUUUAAACUUUUAAUGACUAUUUUUUGUUUGAUGCUUCUCUGAUAUGGUCUAUUUAUUAAUAUUGUUGAAAACUAAUUUUAUGAUAAUACGUGUUAUGACUUGUGUUCCAGAAAUGAAUAAGUACCAGAUAAAUUCCUAGGCUUGUCAAAUUUAAAUUGAAAACUUUCUAGCAGCUUUCUUUUAAAUGAAUUGUGAUGGAUUACUUAUAUUGAAUUCGAAAGUAAAAUGCGGUGUUCCUUUUGUUAUGUUACCUUCACUGUGUUUGAACUAGGUAUUCCUAUUAAUUGAAAUGAGUAAUUUGGAUUUUGAUGAAUCCUUAAAAUCUAAUUUUUCUGUAUUUUUUUCUUUAUUCACCUGAAGUAUAGUGAUUUUUUAAAACAAUACUAAAAGCUAUUCUGUUAGCAAUGCUAUUCUGUUAGCAAUGCUACAUGAAUGUAGUUCAAAGUGGGAGACCAGCCCAGAUUCUUAAGAUUCCCAGAUAUGUGAUGGAUGGUACAAUUUGCCUAAGACCAUAAUGUAUCUUUAAAGUUCUAACCUGUUUGGAAGGAAAGUAUCAAAUAUAGAUAGGAGAUCAAAUUCUUUAAUUACUCUAAUACAGGUAAUUCAAUCCAUGU